AUAUAUACCACAUCAAUUGUCUGUCAUGGAUGAUGCAAUCCAGUCACCAUCAAUCACGUCACGCACUGGCGGUCACCUCCUCAGAGACGGCAGGCAGUGACGUCCCCCCACGCACUCGACCAACACCCAAUAGCCCUGGGAGACGAAGCAUCACAUACACAUACACACACACUCAGUAGAAGUGCUCGUCAUUGUAAUCAUCUGUCUGUACAGCCCCCCCGCCCCCACCCACCCACCUUGUCUGUCAGAAAGGUCCGCUCCAACGGUAUGGUGAUCAUCCAUGUGGUGUGAUUGCAACCCGCCACCACGUGUCAAUGACCGCCGUCUCCGCUGUGUGUGCGAGUGGUGAUGAGAGUGGGGAGGGGGCCGCGCACCGGGGGACCGCUUGGACCACGCCCACAUGGUGGCAGCGAUGCCGGCGAAGAGGAUGAAUGCGGUGAAGACGACGACCAGCUUGACGUAGAGGCCCUGCUCGGUGACGGGCCCGCCCAUGGUGUCGACCGGGCCGAAGUAGGUGAAAUGGUUGUUGUGGCUGUCCUCUGAGCUGCCGAAAUCCACACCAUUGCAUGACACCUCAACCUACGGACAGGCAGACACACACACGUGUGCGUGUGGCUUUGGUGCUCUCUCCUUCCCACCCUCCCUCACCCGCACUCGUAUGCGGGGGGCCUUGACGCGGUAGUCGGCACCUGCACAAGCAACACAGGCAGGCAGGCAGGCAGACCAGACAUCCAUUGCUGCAGCCACGCUCACAUACAGCCAGCUCACUUGUUUUGGGCGUGAAACACACGAUGGUUGUCGGGUUUAUCAACGCAGCAGGCGUGCUGCCCAGUGGCCCAAACCCACACCUGAGCCGGGAUCGCUCGGCUGCCCACAAAGGGAAGGGGUGGUCACGGUCAGCACGCACCGUCAUGCGGCUCGAUCGUGUGAAGAGGCCUGAUAGACAUGCAUGGAUAAAAUGACUGCAUGCAUGGUGUGUUGGGUGUUUGGCUGUAUGGGUUAGCGCGGCACCUGCAGUUGGCUCAAUCGACACAAUGCGCGGCUGGCUGUAAAACAGAAAACUAAACCGACACAGACAGACCAUUCAGCAGUCCUUGCACGGGGAGGGGUCAUAGGCUGAUAAAGGCUCCUCGUACGAGUGUCCUGUGUUGGUCCAGAGGUCUGUGCGAUUCAUGUGGCCGGCGAAGGUGAUCUCGAAGUCGACACUCAUGGGCAGCUGAGAGCCCUCGGGCAACGCAGGCGGGGCACUCACACAGCUGGAUGGCAACACACACACACACACUUGAAUGUACUGGGUUGUGUGUGUGCCCUUUGGUGCCCACGUGAGGAUCGACGGAGAGACGAUGUGUGCAGGCACCUGCACCUGCCCGAAGCGGCACAUUGGGUAGAUCCUGAGUGAGGGCCACACACACACAGAUGUGUGUACGGUACGUGUGCAACCCGCCCUUCCGCUGACACAUCCACCAACCAACCCACCCCUGUCUCUGCAGCUCUGCGUCGGUGUUUGGAUCGGGGAAUCCUUUGCCGUUGACACGAACGAGCGUCCCGCCCUUGACAGGACCACUGUCCACAUCCAAGUAGUCGACCUCAUAGGUGCGCAGCGGCUCCGGUGAGGCGGACCACGACACACCAUUGAAUGACAACCUGCAUGACCCAGACACAUCCAACACACCACACCACACCAUCCAUCCAUCCAUUCAGUCAUUACAUACUUGAGUGUGAGCUGUUCUUGUCCGUUGUGUAUGGGCGGCAUGUAGCAGUGGGCGCCCGUGCCGUUGCUCUUGUCCACGACCUCGACACGAGUCGACACGUACUCCCCAAGGGCGCACACAGGCCGGCAGUUGAGGCAUCGAACCGCACCAUCCAGGUGAGAGCCCGUCAGGUCGAUGCGCACAGCCUUGUGUGCAGGCAGCAGCCGGGGCGACACGCCGUCGACCUGACAGACAGACGCAGCCACAAUAUAUCACUGGUGACCAUACCAUAUUGUGGGCGGUGUCGUCGUGGGUAAGUACCUUGGGUGCGGUGAAGUAUGAGAUUCCGCCGACAAAGAAGAAGUCAUCAGGUGUGCCCCCAUUCGUGAGGGCCACGGCGAAGGGCACCUGCUCGGUUGCUCGAGAGGGGGCGGGCGGGCAGGUACACCGGAUGUGUGUGUCGUCACUACUGGCAGCCCCGAAGGUUCGAGAACCGAACCGGCAGACCGGGGAGGCACCCUGUGUAUAUGUAUACAAUACACACAUGGGAAAGAUGAGAUGGCAAUGCAAUCAAUCUGAUGAGGCGCGGCACUGCACUGCACUGCACUCUCACGUGGAAUCCUUGUCCAGUGACGGUGACGAAGUUGUUGGUCGACAGACCACCAGCUGGCGCCGCCAGGGGGCUGUAGCCGUCAAGCGUGAAGGCUGUGAUGUGUGCAUCCCCGUCGAUGGCGUGCUGUUGGUCGUAUGUCAGGGACACCCGGACGACGGAGCCUGGCUUCAACUCAGGGGCGAUGCAGUUGACUGAAGAACCAUUGCUGACACCAACACAAACAUACCCACACCCACAUCCGAUCCAUCGGGUGGGAUUGUCCGCCUGUGCAUAGCGUGUCCGUGUGUACUGCAUGUACCCGUUCAGCGCCGGGAGGUCCAUUGUGCCUGUGGCUUUGACCUCAGCCGCCCCAACGAAAAUGGCUCCUUUGUCGACGCAGAACCGACAUGUGGGCAAGGUCGCCCCCUUAACCAGCUUGUCGCCCUCCAACCUGCACGCCAUCCCACAUAGAGAUGCCGACACGCGGAUGCGGUGCAUGUGUGGCGAGUGUCCCUCCCGCUGCCCUGCCCGCCGACCUGAGCUUCUGCGGUCCAUUGUGUGUCGACACGAAGGAAGGGCUGACACGGUGGAGCUUCGCACCUGCAUGUUAUGUAUCAUGUGUGUCCCUUUGUGAGGGUGAGGCUGAACGUGGCAUGGCAUGGCAGCCAUUUGUUUUAUGGUGGGUUGAGGGAGGACCUUGGUAGGAGAAGAAUGGGACGGGGCUGGCGACGAAAUCGACGCCGUUGAGCGUCACGGACAGGGGCACUGGCCCACUCUGACGUCAGGGUGGGUAUGAUGACACGUCGUGGACAGCAAGCACAGCACAGCACAGCACAGCAACCAAUCCGAUCUGGGGGCGUAUAGUAUAUAUUUGUGUAGGCAAGUGCAGUGCAGUGCUCGCCUCGCCUUGGUGAGUGGGGGUGUCCUGCACACCACCGAUGUCGCCGUCACCUGCUCAGCUCUCACCUAUGCACACACAUCAGUCACAUCACAUACACACAACGUGCACACUGAGCAUGAAGACGCUGAGCCGAGCCACCUACUUUGGUGUCGAUGAAUGAGCAUUCCGUGACAGCACCGUCCGCCACUGCACCGCCAGCCAGCACAAUGAAUGAAUGAAUGCCUCCCGGAAUCUGGAGGGCCAGACGUGGGUGGCCCCUACCCACACACUCACUGAGGUGGCUGCCGGUGAUAGUCAUUGUAGUGCCGCCCUCUUUUGGCCCUGCGUCAUUGUCCAGAAGUGUAAGGGUGGGUGAGUGAUUCUGGCAGGGCGGGGUGUGUGUCUGCCUGCCGCCCCGCCUCACCAAUGGCUGGAUGAAUGUGUGUGAUUGCCGGUGUUGGUAGUAGGGUGAAGGGCAGCCGCUCGCUGCUGAAUGACGCAAGCCGGAUGGCCUCCGCCCGGUCACCGAUACCCUGCAUGAAUGAACAGACCACACACAGACGGAGGCACACGAAUGUCUGUCUACCCACUGCACUGCUGUGCGGGUCUGGAAAACCUCCCUUAGACCAACCCAGUCGAAAUUGGUGGAAAUGUCGACAUCAAUGGUCACCGGGGCUGCACAGUGCAGGCGGUGCAGGGCACAUCACAUGCAUGGCAUGUAGCCUCUUGCAGUGAGUGCAGCUGAGGUGAGUGAGCUGACGUGACGUGCCGUGCCUGUGAGUGUGCCAUUGGCGUGUUUGGGAGUGACGAAGGAGAGCUUGGUGUUUGUAGAGGGGUCCAUCGUGGGCAGCAGCACGUCGCCGCCUGAGUGAGUGACCCAAACAUUACAUAAGGAUGGAUGGAUGGAUGGAUCGAUGGAUUCAUGGAGGUAGGUACCGAAUCUGACAGCAGUGGUCUUCUUAUGGAAGGGCGAGUCGUCCGUCUGUUGCACCCGUCACCCACACGCAAAACACACAACACACGCCAGCGACGAGUGAGCGGCACACAAUUCGACCCAUCCACCAUAGCGCCUUACAGUUGUGGCGGCGACGCGUGUGCCUCCGGUGUCGUAGCCAAUGGUGGGUGAGAGAGACCGCAACUGCACACGCACACACACACAUGCAUCCAGUAUGACAUCACUGCGCACCUCCAUGCCUUUGGAUUGGCCACAAAGUCGACAGCAACCGAUGACGCAUCCCCAGGCGCCUUGACACCUACUCACUCAAGAAAGGACAAAAUAGUCCUGCAUCGUCAAGUCAUCGGCUCAACUACCGGUGAUCGAGAGCGAUAAUGACGACCGUUUUGGUGUGUCCACAGCGGGAGUUUCGACAGCAAACACGGCCCUGUAUGCGGCUCCCGUAUGAGUGUCACCCUGCAUGUCAGCGAGCACAAAGAGGAACGAACCAGACACCAUCGCUGUCCCAUCCGCCCCGCCCCGCCCACCGUUUGCGCGUUGAGUGACAGGAGGGAUGCAGCCGCCGACAGCUCGCCGCCCGAGAAGAGGACCCUGACAGAAACCAGCCAGCCGUUGCCAUGGCCGUGGCGUGUGUGGUAUGCGCAGGUUUGUAUAUAGGGUCACCGAGUGGGUAGUGAUGCGGCAAGGGGAUAGGUCCACUCAGUGGAGGGCGGCAAAUCGACCGUCACGCUGACCACCUGUACAGGACAGACACGUCAGUCAGCGGCAAAGGUCAUUCAUACACCACACACACACGUGCAUCACAUCACACCCCUCACCGCGCCUCCUCUGAUUGGCACUGCUGAGGGACUUACACCCCGCACUACGGGCUCCUGUCUCGAAAGGAAGGCGCACACUGCACUUGCUUCUGCGUGGAUAUACCUGCCUGCCUGCCUGCCUCAUGCUAGCUCAGCUUACAUCGAUGAGAGUGAAGGGUACCGCUGAUGCACUCCAUGUGGUGCCCCCGUUGCAGCUGACCCACACCCAUAGGGGGCCCUCGCCCACACGGAGGGGGCCACCAACGUGGCCGGCAGACAUGGCCUGAAUGAAGCAAAGAAAGAAACAACACAUCCAUGCCAUGCAUCCGUCCGCAGCACAGCCAGCAACAGAUCGCCAUGGAUUGGACGCGUUCCUUCCUCUCAGCUCACCUUGACGAUGUCAGCGAUUCUGGGAAUGUCGCAGGACACCUCUGUUGGACUCACGUACCUGCAAGUAGGUAGUGGGCGGAAAUCGGCACCCCCACCCUUUUUACGUACUUGCCGCUGACGACGCAGUCGGUCUGUCCGCUGCACAGGAAAGGCACUGCAGCAGAGGGGAGGGGAGGGAGCGUGGGAGUGACGGGACGGACGCAUGGGCCAGCAUAUCCGCUGGCUGACCUUUGCCGGACCCGCUGUCGGUCAGGCGACACUUGACUGAAGCAGCAAACACAUCAAUCACACGCAAACCAUGGAGGCCCCCUCUCCCUCCCAAGUCAACGUGUUCCCUCACCUCCCUGGCCGGAAGGACCGAACCCCACUCCCUCAACCUGUUCCAUGCACACACAACAAGAGAGCAUGGAUGGAUGGAUGGAUGGAUGGUCAAUCCCUUGUGUUUGUUCUCACUCCCUCACUGUGAGGUCUGUGGUGCCAACCGGCACGUAUGGUGGUGUGGACGCGAGUAUGGGUUGGCUGAGCGACCACACGAAGGGUGUCUCCGAAACGCUCCACAGCACUCCGUCAACCGUUACAGAGACGUUCACGGCUCCCGGACUGCCCCAUGGCGGCAGACGGCACCUUAUCUCGCUCUCAGACACAAACCACGCCGUCACAUCCUGCAUAUGGCAUGAUUAAUGUGUGUGAAUGGUGGGAGUUGGAACGGUACCCCCACUCUGCCUGUCUGUCUCACUCACCUGGUGCUGGUGGAAUGCGUUGUGCCACCCUGGUGCCACAAUCGGACGGCCCCCACCGCCAAAGCGACACUUGAGGUGAGGCGUGCGCCUGAACCCAUGACCAUACACAGAUACCUCUGCUGAGCCACACCGCACACAGACAGACAGACAGACAGAAGAGACAGAGCUAUGCUUUACUUCACGGACUGUCCACCAGAGCAUGUGUGUGUAGUACAUGGUGGUUUGUCGAUGUCUGCUGCCUGUGGCGUGAGGCCCUUGACCACCGGUGGCUGCACGUACUCAAAUGCCGCUGCAUACGGAUGGCUUGCGAAGAAGUCCCGGCCGUUGGUCGACACCGACAGCGACACCUCCUCGCUCCAAUGCCACUUGGGGGUCAAGCAGUGCACUGAUUCCAAUCCACACACACACAGGGAAGGGAGCCACCCAGGGGGACACAAAUCUUAAGCUCUGUUCCCCUCAUCCCUCUCUCGUACCAACGUUUCGCCGCACUGCUUUGCCCGCCAUAAUCACCGUCUCUUUGUCGCGAGUGAAUCGGCACCACACGGGCAGGUCGUCAGCAAGAGUCAGGCCGGUGCCGACCACUUCAACCAGCUCGCCGCCCGCAAUGGAGCCUCUGGCGGGCACCACUGCACGGAUGACUGGCGGGGGCAGGACGGCAAUGGCAAGUCCAUCUGCUUUCACACACACAAGCGAUGAGAUGAGACCUUCCAUACAAAGGAAGCCAGGCGGUCAUCUUAUCUUCCCAAUCUUUGUAUAUUGACGCACCUCUCUCUUUGCUGCCGAUGACGUCGACGCCAUUCAGCGCUAGUGUCUGCACAGAAAGAAUACCACGCAUGUCAUGAUCACACACAUAGGCGGAUCGGAUGGGGUCCGAAGACCUGUGCGUUUGGGUGUGGUGUGGUGUGCCAAUCUAACUAACCAGGCGGUAUGCGCCGGCCAGCACUUUGGGCACGGUGCACUCGACCAGCACCUCUGACGCUUUCAUGGCCUCGGGCAGCAUGUCUGCCCCUUCCUUGACGUCUUUUCGCUUCACCACACGGGCUGCAAGCGAGUGCAUGCCAAACCUGACAUAUAUGACAGGCACCGCACACGAGGACGCAGACGAAGAGUGAGUGACACGCAGGCCGGGCCGGGCCGGCGGCAUGGCAUGUCAUGUGGCCUGUGGGUUGGGUUGGCUCGGCUUACAUGCAGGCCGGGCUGCACGUUUCCCCUUCUGCGGUCGGCAAGUUGUCAACUGCAUGCGAUGCACCCACAGGACAACACAUGAGCCAGCCGUAUGUAUGUGUGUAAAUGGGCCAGGCCACCUCUGAGCAGCAGCACUCCUCCGGACUCGUAUAGGACGGCAGGGAAUGCCUCGGCGAGGAACGGAGGAGUUUCGGAUGACCCUGUGUAGGUGAAGGGCAGCGGUGGACCGAACCAUCGACGGCCGCCAUCGAUGGACAUCUGCACGUCGGCCCCGCCAUAUCCCGCUGGUGACGUACAGAGGGCUCGAGUAGCACUGAAUGAUAUGAAGCAAGAACACAGAAAGACACACAAGCACGGUGGGUACGGUCAGACAAUUGAGUGUGCCCUGCCCGUGUGUGGAUGUCAUGUCGACCUGAGUAUCUCCAUGGGAGUACUUGUGCCUCCGAACCGACACAGAGGCCGCAGCUCAACACCCUCCCCUCCAAUCCUCCCCAAUGCCCGCGCGUAGGCCACCUUGGCGACCACCUUGGCGACGCUGACACUCUUGUUGACGGGCUCAUCGACGUACGGCAGGCCCUCGGCACUGACCUCAACCUGCAUACAAACACAUAUGCACGUCACGUAGGUAAGUGGGUGUGUUGCUGGUACGGUAGGUACUGCUUCAUGUACCUACCUGAGUGCCUCCCGAGUAGGGGCCGCAUGACGGUGUGACGCGUGUCAACCUCGGAGGGUCGUAAAAGAGGAAGGGGAGAGAGCGGGAGCUCUGACAUACAUGACAACAGACAGCACCGACGCACACACAGGGAGGGAGGGAGGGAGGGAGGUCAGAGUGAGAAGGCGCCGAGCCUACCUCAGCCACGUCUGGCAGCACGAGAGCGAAGUCAACCUGGUCAAGAAAUCACAAUUAGUGGUGAGCUCAGCUCGCUGGUGUCCCUCCCUACACUUAUCUCCCUCUCUCAACCUCUUUUUGCCCACCGGUCCUGGUUGUGUCAUCUUUGGCGUCACGCACAGCAGUAAGGAGCUUGUCAAAACCUGCUCAGUCAGUCACGACAGACGUCAGAAACACACACCAUACUACUACACUACAGGCAUGCUCGUCCCCCCAUGCCUUGGGUACUUCCAUACCUUGGCUGGCACGGUGACACCACCGAAACGACACACAAGGCGGGGCAAUGUCAAUGUCGCAGAGGGCGAUGGAGAUGGGGAUGGAGCCGACGCAAACAUGUCAAAACCCACACCUGCACUCAACUCACACCACACACACACAUGCACAUGCAUACGCACACACACACAGAUAGAGUACAUGGCUAUCAGAGUGAAUGGCGGCGUUCAUUGCCACGUUACGUUGGCUGACCCGACCCACCUGUGACGUUGAUGGUCUCCUGGCCGUCCGUGACAGCCAACUGCGGUGCCAAUGAGAGCGCUUCAGGAGGCGCCGCGAAUAGAAACGAGUAUCCAGUGUCCAUAAAAUCACCCUGAGUGAAGCUCACCUACGCACAGCGCAGUGCACGGGGCACACACACCAGGUAGCAGCACAGCAACCACCCCACCCCACCCAGCUGUGUGUAUCUAUCUUGACACGACACACGUACGUAUAUCCUGAGCGUCACUCGCUCAUACGAGGGAGGCGUCCGACAGCUCAGACGAGUGGGGUGAUCAACAAUACUGCAUGCCAUGCCAUGGCAUGCCAUGGCACACACAAACACACAAAACACACAACGCACUCUAUGCUAUGCCUCCUCCAGCUCAGCUAGUUCGGUUCAUGUGCGUCGUACGACACUCACGUGGCCAUGACUUCAAAAGCAUCAGAGAAGUCCCCAAAUCGACACCGCGGCUCAAGGCCAGCACUGGCACCCGCCACUUGACUGUCGCUGCCAUUUGUAGAGGGGGCGGGGGGCAUCUUUGGCAGUCCGCUGGUCGUUAUCACCACCUCUGUGCCGCCUGCAUACAAAGGAGUGACGUGAGUGACACCAUGGACAGACUCACUCACACAGAUCCGAUUUGGGUGUGGUCUUAGCGCCGUGGUCACACACCUGUCCGCGGGCCCAUCAAUGGCGCUGCGCCAGUGAAUGUCACCUCUGCCCCGCAUUGAAGCAGGAGAGUGGCGUACGUCAAAACCACGAUAAGAAUCAGCCGACGACAGAAGGCCGUCAUGAGUGCACUCCAGGUCUGAGCUGCUGAUCUCGACAGACAGAGAUCUAACGCAUCAACACAAGCAGCUGUCAGGGCACCUGUAAGGCACGGGCAGGGGCAAUUCAUCUGCGUGAUGUGAUGAGUGGAUAGAUAGGCAUGCCUGCCUGCCUGCCUGCGCGUCCAUACCGUCCUACCUACUCAUCCAUCGCAAAAGAGUCGAGCCGUCAACGGCAGGAGAUCUGUGAUCAGUAAGGUGCGAUGCGGCACACUG